ACAUCGGCGGGUGCUGACUUUUAAGGAAUUGACCUGAGAGACUUCUCACAGGUUACACGCGAUGAAGGUGAUGUAGGUGUUUCGAGCCAUUCUCGAUCUCUCCUUCGAUGCGUCAUUGCUCCUACGCGCGUUUUUUUUUCGCGCCAAAAUCACGCUCCAGCCUCACUCGCGGGCAGUCUUGUGGGAGAGAUUUAACUAUACAUGCCACCUCGUAGUGCUCAAUCAGUACCCGUUUGUCUCUCCACCGCUGAACUUGUGAGCUGAAAAGUGUCUGUGAUUUUCCAGUUUUUUUUUAAAUUUUGUGAAAAGAAAGUUUCUUAAAGAAAUUAAAAAAAUGCCGAGAAGACAACGUGACGACGACAUCCCCAUUAAGAUUGGUGGAUGGAAUGGGAAGUUCGUGUACGAGAAGCCCAAAGUGAAUGUUCCGGAAGAUUCGCAAAAAACUUCCGGACAUGAUGAUGUCACCACGACCAACCCACGUACUGGGCAACCCACAAAGCCCGUCUACGCUACUGGAAAUCAAUUCUAUGGCUACACCACGGAACCAGAGGUACUUCCUGUCACGUGGGAUGGAACUUUUGCUCCUUCAACGCAGACCUACUACCGCCCAGAUCGCAAUAGCUCCAACACAUCCCAAUUCUAUGGCUUCUGCACCGAACCCGAAAUUCUUCCUGUUCAGUGGAGUGGAAAAUUCGAAACUGAUCCCACGGAUAUUCGCAUUAAGCCAGAACGCAAUCGUUCUGAUGUUCGGGACUACGCAGAAGCACGAAACUUCGUGCCCAGAGAUCCAGAAGGUCACACCAAUGGGCAGGAACAUUCUUGAAGGAAUUCUCACAACAAAAAUAUUCAGAAAGGAAAAAGAAAACUCUCAUACUUCAUAAGAUCAUCCAUAUGUAAUUGAUUUUAGGGAUUCACCUUCUCAGAUCAUCUCGGGGAGUUUACAUUGUUAUUUACACAGCAAGUUAAUUUGUCACAAAGAUUUUAUACACACUUAAACCUAUAAUGAAUCAAGAUCACUCCCAAUUAACUCAUUAACCGUGACUAUUGAAAACUUGUAUAUGUCUUAUUUGAUGCCUUCGAUGCAAGAUUUGAGGCGUAGUUUCAUGAUGAAAACGUACAUAUAUUUGCACAGCACGUGAAAAUUACUUUGGCGCCAAUAUGGAAUAAAGUGCGCAUAUUGGAAACUGUUUUUUUUUUUGCAAAAAAAAAUUAUAUUGUCUUGUACAUAAUUCUGAAUUGUUUUAAUGCUUCAAAAACCUUCAAAGCUUCAAAGUUUAUUCUUAAAGUUCAUCAGAUAAAUUUCGUUUUCUUUAAAAAAGAUUAUUUUUCAAUAUAAGAUUUUUUAAAUGUUAUGGAAAAACGUUUUCAUUUCGUAUCCUUCAAUUUGUAAAAAUGGAAAAAAUAAAUUUGAUACAUUUUACAUUUUCUUGCAACUUUGUUUCUUUAUCCGUAUGCUCUGCAAAUACAUGAACAGCAUGAACAUCAUGAAAAAUCUCGUCAUUGUUAUUUAUUUUGUAAUACAUUUUGAGUUUUUUUUUAUCUCGUUUUCUCUUUAUAUACAUUUUUUCAUUUUUAAUUAUUGUUUAACAAAUACAGAGGCAAUUGACAAAAAACGCAAGAAAAAAAGGAAUUAUUACUAAUUUAUUUUAUAUUAGAAAUAAAAUUAAUUUCUUAUGUUUAAAUUACAUUUAUGUAUUGUAUGUCAAAUUUGAGCAAAAUAUAUCUAACUAUGGAGACACUAUUA